CUAGCGUCUCUCUUACCCUUUUGUAGGGUUUUGGCAGAACAAUCUCUCUCAGUUCAGAGCUCAGCCAUGGCGACAACCUCUUUAUCACGCUCCCUUCCCAAAACCCUAACCCUAGCCUCGUUCAUUUCUCGCUCCUUAUCCACUUCACCCUCCAUUUCCAUAGUCCACUCUCGUUCCUCCCUUUCUCUCCUCCACCGGCUCCGCCCUCUCGCCGGAGCCUUCGUCACCCACGGAAACUUCUCUCUUGCCUCGAAUCUUCGAUGUUUCUCGUCCAAUGCGACGUCGUCCUCUCUCAAGGAUCCCAACCCUAACUGGUCUAAUCGCCCCCCUAAGGAGACGAUCCUUCUUGAUGGCUGUGACUUUGAGCACUGGCUUGUCGUUAUGGAACCACCUGAAGGUGAUCCCACUAGAGAUGAUAUCAUCGAUAGUUACAUUAAAACCCUGGCCAUGGUCGUCGGCAGUGAGGAAGAAGCAAGAAUGAAAAUAUACUCAGUUUCUACUAGGUGCUAUUUUGCUUUUGGGGCUCUUGUGUCUGAAGAACUUUCUUACAAACUUAAAGAAUUGCCUAAAGUGCGCUGGGUCCUGCCUGAUUCAUACUUGGAUGUGAAGAACAAAGAUUAUGGAGGGGAACCUUUUAUUAAUGGUGAAGCAGUUCCAUACGACCCCAAGUACCAUGAGGAAUGGAUAAGGAACAAUGCUAGAGCAAAUGAGAGGAAUAGGCGUAAUGACAGACCUCGUAAUUUUGAUAGAUCGAGGAACUUUGAGAGGAGGCGUGAAAAUGUGCAAAACCGAGAUUUUCAAAGGGGACCUCCUCCCAUGCCCAACCAGCAGAAUGCUGGGCCAAACCCCCAUGGAAUGCCCCCUAGCGGCAACAUGGGUCCGCCACCACCUCCCAACAUGGGUCCACCACCACCACACAUGGGCCCACCACUGCCCAACAUGGGUUCACCACCCAACAGAGGUCCACCACCGCCCCACAUGGGCCCGCCACCUCCCAACAUGGGUGGUUAUCCUCCCAACAACAUGGGCCAGGGCUAUCCCCCUAAUCCCCCCAACAAAAUGGGAGGAUACCCCCCCAACAACAUGAACCCGCCCAAUAACUACGGAGGAAUGCCACCACCAAGCAACAACUGGGGUGGCAUGCCGCCAAACAACUACGGAGGACCUCCACCCAGCCAUAACACUGGUCCACCAAACAUGGGAGGAGGGCCGCCAAAUAUGGGAGGAAUGCAGCAGGGAAACAAUGGAUGGUCUGGUAAUGUACCUAAUGCAGACAAUCAGAAUAGCUACACACCCAGCAGAGACAUGGGAAAUGUGCCUGGUAGGAACUAUUCGUCUUAAUUAAGCAAAUGCCUGGGCAAUUUUAGCUGUAGAUAAGCAAAAAUGGCAUCCUGUGUUGUUUUAGGCUCUGUUACAAUAUUAAGAUAGAAGAGAUUGUUUUGGUCCCUAUCUUGCUGAGCACAUUAUGUUGAGAUACUGCUGGUUGUACCCUCUAGUGAAUCAAGGUGUUCUACAUAUACCUUCAUGAGUUUUUCUAUGGUCUCAAAACUCUGUUUAAAAAUCUUGUGUCAUAUCUAAUUUAUUUAUCUACUUUGUUAUCCAAUUGAAUUAUAUGGCUAUGAUGUGGUUUUGGGUCAAAGAUAAUUAAGAAUGGUUGGAUUAGUGUUA